CUUUCUUUUUUUUUAAACUCCCUUAUGUUAUUUACACUUAACUGACUUUGCUACCCAAUGCGCAUGCGCCAAUUUUAGCGAAGUCCGGGUGAACCUUUUUUCUACAACCAUAACUUUGCCAACAAACAACUACUUCCCGCCCUUUCCUAUCUCUCAAAUAAAAAUGUCAGAAAAUCCAUUGGAAGCAAUCUGCAACACAAUUGGAAGAAUUUCAGUAUCCAUUCAAACAAAUCUUUCUAAUUGUAUCAACAAAACUACAACUAAACCACCCCCAUUUCACAAUAAAUUACAUUCUUCACUUUCUGUAUCUACACCCCCAUCAAUUCUAGCUGCUCCUGCUCCUGCUCCUGCUCCUGCUCCUGCUGCUUCUGAUUCUUUUUCUCAUCAACCCACUAAGCAAAUAUCAUCUGGUCCAGUGACCAGAGAAGAGCUUGGAAGGGCCACAUGGACAUUCAUUCACACUCUUGGUGCUCAGUAUCCAGAAAAGCCUACCAGGCAGCAAAAGAAGGACGUUAAAGAACUGAUGGCAAUACUAUCUCGCAUGUAUCCUUGCAAGGAAUGUGCAGAUCACUUCAAGGAAGUGCUAAGAUCGAAUCCUGUACAGGCUGGUUCUCAAGAUGAGUUUUCCCAAUGGCUAUGUCGAGUGCACAAUGUUGUUAAUCGGAGCCUUAAUAAGCCAACCUUUCCAUGUGAAAGAGUUGAUGCAAGAUGGGGAAAGCUGGAUUGUGAGCAUCGUUUAUGUGAUUUACAAGGAUCUAUGACACUUUUUGGUGGCCGGACUGAUUAGAUGGUACUAUAUAUCCAUACCAGAAAUGUAUAUUCACAGAAAUUUAGGGAUGGGUUUCCCUUCAUAUAUUAGUAAUUUAAUUGUUACAUAAACAUUAACUUAAGAUAUUGUUGACUUUAAGAACUUUAGUUUACAUGCUUGUGGUAGUUCUUUACUUUAUUAAACUUUGUGGAUGUCUUGGUAUC